AUGAUGGAGAUCUCAAGACCUUGUGCAAGUGUUAAUGCUGCAACUCUAUUUGCUACCCAUCUUAAUGUCCCUUCUUCUAGUGUACUAAUGGUAUGGUCACGGAAUCAUCAACAGCUUUUCAUUAUUGUCGGCAAAUGUAAUGGUGGUUUACUGUUCUUUACACCGAACAGGCAAUAUACGAAAUUGGAAAAUAUCUUUAAAAGUCCUUUGACAACAAUUUGUUUCGGGAAACUAAGACAAAGCAGUGAUGAAAUAGUUGCCAUAUCAGCAGGUGGUCAGAUACGUUCUUUCGAUUUCCCACAGACGGAUGCUCAGAACGGAGAGUUACACAAACCUCUGCCACUUUUUGAGCAACUCGUUCAGGCCAAUAUAUGUGCGUCAUAUAUUGGUGAUAUUGAUGGUGAUGGUUCAUCAGAAUUGCUGGUUUUGAUGACCGAUCGAUGCGUAAGAACUUAUCGAUAUGUUGCGAAUCAUUUGGCACCGUUGUAUAAAUAUGAAGUACCAUCGAAUGUUUAUGGCUUCACCCUUGGUACCACAACUUCUGGCCUGUAUUAUGCACUCCUGGCAGAACGAAAUGAAAAUUAUGUGGUGAAGAUCGAUUUUAGCUCAAAUAGUUGUGAUAUUUUGCCACAAACAUUGAUUUCGAACCCUUCGAAUCGUGAGCUUAUGGUCCCCAAUCAUCCGAUAUAUCUGACCUUAGUUGGAUCACUUGCCACUCGUCUGCUUCUGAUUAAUCCAGAAAGUGGUACCGAAACAACACUGGAGAAUCCAGUAGGCGAUUUCAUUUGUGCAGCUACUGUUAAUCUGCAAAGUAUGCAUAUCGUGAUGACACUGGAUAUUUUCGGUAAUUUACUUAUUUAUGGAUGGAGUGAUCAUACCACAUGUCAAGCGCAUCUCAUAGCAAAAACGAUGGUUCUGCCGGAUGCAGAUCGUAUGACAGCUGUAUCAGGCCGGAAUGAAAAUGAAGUUUUAGUUUGCAUAUGUACUGUCUGCUUCAAAAUUGCUGUUUAUCGAAUUGAUCUCUCAUCUGUGCUUAGUUGA